AUAUACCAUUCUACAAGAUGAGUAACAGUCACCCACUUCGUCCUUACACUGCAGUAGGUGAAAUUGACCAUGUUCACAUUCUGUCUGAUCAUGUUGGAAUUCUGAUGAAUGGAGAGGAAUACAGUGAUGUUACCUUUAUAGUGGAAAAGAAACGUUUUCCUGCACAUAGAGUGAUUCUGGCAGCAAGAUGCCAGUAUUUCAGAGCACUGUUAUAUGGUGGAAUGCGUGAAUCUCAGCCUGAAGCAGAAAUCCCUCUCCAAGACACCACUGCAGAGGCCUUCACAAUGCUGUUAAAAUAUAUUUACACGGGUCGAGCCACACUAAGGGAUGAGAAGGAGGAGGUCCUCUUAGACUUCUUGAGCCUGGCACAUAAAUAUGGUUUUCCAGAAUUGGAAGACUCAACUUCUGAAUACCUUUGCACCAUCCUGAACAUUCAGAACGUUUGCAUGACCUAUGAUGUUGCAAGUCUCUACUUACUUCCCAAACUGACAUGUAUGUGCUGCAUGUUUAUGGACAGAAAUGCUCAAGAGGUGCUGUCAAGUGAAGGGUUUCUGUCACUUUCUAAGCCAGCUCUUCUCAGUAUUGUACUGAGGGAUUCAUUUGCAGCACCUGAGAAGGAUAUUUUCCAGGCCUUGAUGAACUGGUGUAAACACAAUCCCAAGGAAGAUCAUGCUGAAAUUAUGCAAGCAGUGCGCUUACCUCUGAUGAGUUUGACAGAGCUUUUAAAUGUUGUAAGGCCUUCUGGCUUGCUUUCACCUGAUGCCAUUUUGGAUGCCAUCAAAGUUCGAUCAGAAAGUCGAGAUAUGGACCUCAACUAUAGGGGCAUGUUAAUACCAGGUGAGAACAUUGCCACUAUGAAAUAUGGAGCCCAAGUGGUAAAAGGAGAAUUGAAAUCUGCUUUGUUAGAUGGAGACACACAGAACUAUGAUUUAGAUCAUGGAUUUUCCCGUCAUCCCAUUGAUGACGACUGCCGUUCUGGUAUUGAAAUUAAAUUGGGUCAACCAUCAAUAAUCAACCAUAUUCGACUAUUGCUAUGGGAUCGUGACAGUAGAUCUUACUCCUAUUAUAUUGAAGUAUCCAUGGAUGAGCUGGACUGGAUUCGUGUCAUCGAUCACUCGAAAUACCUCUGUCGAUCAUGGCAGAAACUGUAUUUUCCAGCACGUGUCUGCAGGUAUAUAAGAAUCGUUGGAACACACAACACAGUAAAUAAAGUAUUCCAUAUCGUAGCUUUUGAAUGUAUGUUCACCAACAAGACCUUUACUCUUGAGAAAGGCCUAAUAGUUCCUACAGAGAAUGUUGCAACAGUUGCAGAUUGUGCCAGCGUGAUUGAAGGUGUAAGCCGAAGUCGCAAUGCCCUGUUGAAUGGAGACACAAAGAAUUAUGACUGGGAUUCUGGCUAUACAUGCCAUCAGUUAGGCAGCGGUGCUAUCGUAGUGCAGCUGGCACAGCCUUACAUGAUUGGAUCAAUUCGGUUACUUCUUUGGGAUUGUGAUGAUAGGAGCUACAGCUAUUACAUUGAAGUUUCCACAAACCAGCAGCAGUGGACCAUGGUGGCUGACAGAACAAAGGUUUCUUGCAAAUCUUGGCAGGUAAUAACUUUUGACAGGCAGCCAGCAUCGUUUAUCAGAAUUGUUGGAACUCACAACACAGCUAAUGAGGUGUUCCACUGUGUGCAUUUUGAAUGUCCAGCUCAAACCACUACCCAUAAAGAGGAGACUGGUGAGGAUGAUGUGGGCACAGGUGGACAGCAGCUGGCAUCUCGCCCUCUUCGCUCUUCAAGCACCAGCUCUGUGCAGUCCCUCCCAGGAUGUACUUCACAUUCAUAAGCUCUCCAAUCAUAGAUUGAAGAAGAACAUUUGGAGCCCCAGUGCUUUGAUAAAAUUGUUCAUCGUUUUCUUACGUAGGCCACUCUUCAUUCUUGGAAUAGAUAUCGGGGGCUGUGCCUGGCAGCUAGAGAAGUCUAGAUGGAAAAGGCUGCCCAAAGACACAUUGGGGACCCUGCACACUAUCCAUUUUGUUAAAAUCAGGAUGUUCAGCUAGGAAAGAAAAUAGAUUUUCAGUUUCCAUCAAGUCUGUUAUUUAUUCCCUGCUUCUUUAACCAAACCAAUUUUGAUAGAGAAAUGGGUAUUUCCUGAGAAAGUUUAUGGAAAAUAAGUAUAUGGAAACCAUAUGUUUAUUUAAUUUAUUCUUGAGCCCUAUUUCUUUGUAAGUUGUGAGCCAUUUCAAACUUUCUGUGUAUAUAUUUAUAUAUCUAUAUUUCUUUGCUUGUCUGUUCCCUUCAUUUUUGCUGAAAUGUUUCCUUGUUUAUUGUGCUGUAUCAGGUAGAUCCACAUGAUAGAUCUAUUCAGUAGAGGCAGAUGUGUAAUAAUCUCUUUGCAUUACUCCAUUUAACUAGGAAAAUCCAUUAUGGAGGUCAUGCAUAAAACAAUUCAGUUUAGGAAUGCUGUGUCAGAAUUUUAAUUUCCUAAUAUGAAUGACAAAAUUGUCCCCUUUCACCCUCGUGUCAAGCUGAUUGUUAGGACCCAUUUUGGAGAAACAAAUACUGACCUUGCUAGAAAUCAUUAAACUGUGUUUUGACUUUUGCCAGAACUAUCAUUAUAGAUACUUAAGUCUCUUUUUAUAUUGGAAAACAGGUCUAAAUGACCAAUAGUUCAGGUAGAUUUGGUAUAAAUCAGAUGGGAUUAGAAUGCAGGCAAUUUAUUCAAGUACUUGCUUUUAAAAAAAUAGAUAGUAUUCCUUUAGGGAUUUAAUGAAAACACUUCUAAGAAGCUUUUCACAUAGUCUCCAUAAAUACAAAUAUGAGUUCUGUAGGUAAGUUUGCUUUGUGUUCUAAAGAAUUUCUAUCUUAGUUGUAGCUGUCCUUUGUAACAUAAUCAGAUUGUUGUUUCUACUCUUCUCAAUGCACCCGCAUGCAGCAUUCCUAUGCGCUGACUUUGCAUCCUCCCUAGAAUAAAACAAGGUUGUGCAUUUACCCAUGCCAAUCACCCAUUAAUUGCAUUCAUCAUGAAAUAUGUAAUUUUAAAAAAUACCAUUGCCAACUUGUGAUUGUUGUGUGUUUUUUAAAAUUGUGUAAAACAGUAUGGUGCAAAUUGUAUGGUGUCCUGUAAAUAAUUGGUUAAAUUGUUGCACUAAUUAAACUUAAUUGGUUGCAUUCUAGUGAAUGCUGUUUAUAAUAAACAGUGGGACGAAAUAAGACUGUGUUAAGGAUAUAAAGCAGGAAAUGAGACACACACGUGUGUUUGGUUUUCUGUUAUUUGUUUUUUAACGUGUUUGUUGAACAGUGCAGGUAGACAUAACUCAGCCUUUUGAGGAAAUCGAGUGACUGACCAAUAGGGAAACAUGUGGUUCAGAUACCAAGUACAAAAAUUUUAGACUGAAAUUCAUCUUACAGGCAUUCUGCAAAAUGUUUUGUGCGUUUGUUCUGCCUAGAAGGACUGAUAGUGCUCAGAAUCAAUGACAAUACACUGUAUGCUCUUUACUCCUGCCACACAGGAUUUCAAAAUUCCUUUUCUGCUCCUACCAUUAAGAGUUUUAUUGGGUAGGAUAAGUGACUAGAUCCCCCAUCCCCCAGCUUACAGCAGUAACACUUUAGAUUAUGAGUCAAGGAGGUAUCAGCUACUACUAUUUAGUUCUUUGGUUCCAGAUCAUUAAAAAGGAAGCAACAAGAUCUGAGAGAAAUUAUGAAAGGAAAUCCUACCUCUCCUUUUGUUUUGAUAAUUGUAGGUGCAGUAUACUGAAGCAUAGCCUCCCUCCUUUUUCCAUGUCUACCUUUUUCCAUUGGAAAUCUCAGUUUUGAGAGCAUUUUUCUUAAUCUUUGCAAGCUGAGACAGGCUUGUGAUAGGGCCAUGCAUGAGUAUGUGAGGAAAACAGUGUAUUUUCUGAGAUAACGGACUCGUAUUAGGAUCAUGUGACUUUUGAAUGACAAACUGUUUUGAAUGCUGCUGUGAAUAGAAAGUCACAAGAUCAGCCUUUUUUGGUAAAAAA